CUAAGCACAAAACGUUGAUCCAGGCAUAACUGACAUAAAUGAAAAAUGUCUGGAAAACCCAUAACAGUUGAUGAAUUUGAAGAGAAUGCCAAAAGUUUCCUCAAAAAGUCUGUGUAUGAUUAUUAUCGAUCAGGAUCAGAAAAUCAGCAAACGUUAGCUGACAAUGUAGCUGCAUUUUCAAGACUGAGGUUGUACCCUCGCGUACUAAGGAAUGUGUCUGCAAUUGAUUUAUCAACAUCAGUAUUAGGACAGAAAAUCAGUAUGCCGAUAUGUGUAGGUGCAACAGCAAUGCAGCGCAUGGCCCAUCCUGAUGGAGAGACUGCCACUGUGAGAGCCUGUGGAACUGUUGGUGUAGGGAUGAUGUUAAGCUCUUGGGCUACCUCAUCCAUAGAAGAAGUUGCUGAGGCUGCCCCAGACAGCUUACGUUGGAUACAGCUUUAUAUCUAUAAAGAUAGAAAUCUUACAAAGUCACUUGUGCAGAGAGCUGAAAGAUUUGGUUAUAAAGGGAUCUUUUUAACUGUGGACACCCCGUAUCUUGGGCGACGCUUGGAUGAUGUGCACAAUAAAUUUCAGCUGCCUCCUCAUCUAAGGAUGAAAAAUUUUGAAACUGAAGACUUGGCUUUUUCAUCAAAGAAAGGAUAUGGUGAAAAUAGUGGCCUGGCUGUUUAUGUAGCUCAAGCUAUUGAUUCUUCUAUCAGUUGGGAUGACAUUGAGUGGCUCAAAGGACUAACCUCACUACCAAUCGUGGCAAAAGGAAUUUUAAGAGCUGAUGAUGCUAAAGAAGCUGUGAAACAUGGAGUGAGUGGUAUCCUUGUAUCUAAUCAUGGUGCACGGCAAUUGGAUGGUGUGCCAGCUACAAUUGAUGUGUUGCAAGAAAUAGUUGAGGCUGUAGAUGGACAAGCAGAAGUAUACCUGGAUGGUGGAGUACGGAAAGGAACCGAUGUCCUGAAAGCCUUGGCACUUGGGGCUAAAGCAGUAUUUAUAGGGAGACCUGCUCUUUGGGGAUUAGCAUAUCAGGGAGAAGAUGGAGUAAAGGAUGUCCUUCAAAUACUCAUGGAUGAAUUUAGAUUGGCUAUGGCUCUUGCAGGUCAGAAGGUUGUUGUACAGUGAACGAAAUUGAAAACUCGCUUGUACGAAAAAAUUGCUGUUCUUCUAAAAUAUAAGAAAAUGUUAAAGGGUUAAUGUGGCUUAGUAUUGUGGGACGAAUGUUUUCUCUUUGUCUGAAAACUUUACCAAAAAAAUAAAAUAAAAAUGAAACCGUCUGAAUAAAGAAAUUUACAUCUUUUAA